AUGUGGACCACGCCCGCAACGCCCGCGGCGCUGCUUUCCUACCUGCUUGGGCCGUGGACGCUGACAAAGACACUGACGUACACGCGAGGCGGCCUCAGCGGCACCUUUCGUGGAGAUGCGGCCUUCGUGCCGCUGACCGGAUCGCCGCGGGUGCUCGCCUACGAGGAGAAGGGUAAGGUGACCCUGGAGCCAGACAUGGAGAGCUUCGACGCGCGGCAUGCGCUGCUCUAUCGCUUUGGUGAGGCGGAGGACGGCGACGGUGGGGGGAGAGUCGCGGUGUUCUUCGACGACGGGGUCAAGAGGGAGCCAGCCGCCCUAGCAGCCAGCAUGCUGGCUGGAGAGCGCUUGUUCCACAGCAUAGACAUCGACGGCGCCUCAACGCCCUUCCAGCCGCCCACCGAUGGCAUGGAGGCUGAAGUGGUGCGAGGAGAGAGGCCGUUCAACCAGCCGGGCAUGUUCCACCCCUGCGGCCCGGAUGUGUACCGAGGCAGGCUACUCUGCACGGACCCGGACCUGUUCGUGCUGGACUGGAAAGUGGAGGGGCCGAGGAAGCUGGGCAGAAUCGUGAGCCACUUUAGUAGAGUGCCCGAUAUCAGCACAGAUAGUCAGGGUCGCGCUUAG